CCGAUUCCUGGGCAGCACGUGACGUAGAUGUUGGGGAUAUUGACAGAUUCACGCGCCGUCUCGAGACAUAACAUGACAGACGGGAGGGGAGAAAGGACAAACUCACUUCAGCUUGACCCGGUUGUACAGUGAACAAAAUACAGCUUCAAUGGCAAGCACCGACACGACAGUGAGACUGUCAGAUUCCUGGGCAGCACGUGAUGGAGGCGGGACAUUCGGUGAGAUUGACAGCUUCACGCGACUUCUCGAGACAUAUGAUGACAGAUGGGCGGGAAGAAAAGACAGACACACCUUAGCGAGGGCAGGGUUUGCCUUUACAGGUAUCGAUGACAAAGUCGAGUGUGAACGCUGUGGUCUGAAGCUCCUCAACUGGACGGACGCAGAUGACGCCCUACACGAACACGCCACCAGGAGGACUCACUGCCCAUUCAUCGUCUCCUUGUACCGGAAGCUGGGACAGACUCCGCCCCCAAAACAUCCCCAGUACCAACAUCUACAGACACGUCUAGACUCCUUCGUUGAUUGGCCGAGAAGAUAUGUGCCCAAAACUCCCGAGGAGUUGGCAGCAGCUGGCUUCUUUUACAUCGGGUCAGCUGACCGGGUCACGUGUUUCCAGUGUGGGAUAACUCUGAGAGACUGGGAGGAAGAACAUGAUCCUGUGGCGGAACAUCAGAGAUACUCGGAACACUGUCAGUUCAUCAACACGACAGACCUGAACCAACUCGGAGUUGCUACGAGGACAGUGGAAGCAAUAGCCACGGAAAAAAGAACACAGCUAUUGGACACUUGUAUUCCCAGUGAGGUGGUUGGAGCAAGUCCACAUCUAAAUACCACAGAUAACAUACAAACACAAAAUAGAGACAUUGGUGGAGCAUGUCAUACCAGAUCAAAAAAUGCAUCGACCGAUGUCUUAACAUCAUUGAGGAGACCCGACAGAGAUCAUUCAUCCUUUGCGGCACACACCUUGACCCUUGGAAGUGAGCAUUCUGCUUGGGAACAUCACUCCGAAGAUGACAAAAUACAACCACCUCAUUCAAAAUCCCUUCCAAAUACAAGCCCAGUAACUUCUCAGCGAUUGGCUCAGGAAAACAGGCGUUUGAAGGCAAAACGCACAUGCAGGGUAUGCCGGAUGGAGGCUGUCAGCGUGCUUUUCUUGCCCUGUGGGCAUCUUGUCACCUGCUCUGACUGCGCGCCCAAGGUGUCGGAAUGUAGCGCGUGCGGGAAGACAAUCCUUGGAACAGUUAAAACGUUUCUCACGUAAGAAAUAUGGUAACUGAGAAAUGUCGCGAAUGUGAAUAUCACCCAACAUCUGUUUAUGUAUUUUAUACAGACUUACACUAACAUUUCAUUUUGUA